CAUUGCGGUUUUAGUUCGUUUCGUUUCUUCUUCAAUCAGUCGUAAGAAUCAGCACAAGUACAAUUUGACUGACAAGAAGUCUCCAACACCAUUUCGGGCAAACUUGGCGCGCGUGAGCACAGGCGUGAAAAGAAGACGAAGUGACAAAGCCGUUCAACAGCGGAUACUACUGUUCGUGCAACGCCGUUCCGUGAGCAAGGCGUCGCCGUGAAAGUGGCGUUGUCGCGUGCGUCGUCUGCAAGACGAAGAUCACCAUGGCCUGGCUCCGGAAACCGAUUCGCGGUGUCCUGAUGGACAUCACCGGUGUGCUGUACGAGAGCGGCGACCGGAAAGGCAUCGAAGGGUCAGCCGAAGCCCUCAAAAUGCUUCGCUCGGCCGACAUACCGUUCCGCUUCAUCACAAACGAGACGCAGAAGACGAAGGAGCAACUGGACUCUGUCCUGCACCGGCUGGGCUUCGACAUCUACGAGAAGGAGAUCUUCAUGUGCGUGCCGGCUGCCAAGAAGUUCAUCCACGACCUUAACUACAGGCCGUUCCUUCUCGUCCAUCCCAGUGUCGAGGGCGAGUUCGCCGAGUGUGACAAGAGCCAGCCCAACUGUGUCGUCGUGGGUGAUGCAGGGAGCAGCUUCUCGUACGAGAACCUGAACCAAGCGUUCCAUGUUCUCAUCGACAAUAAUGAUUCGGUCCUCAUCACCCUUGGCAAAGGAAAGUAUUACAAGGAGCACGGCAAAAUGGUCAUGGACGUUGGCGCCUUCACAACUGCUCUCGAGUAUGCUACUGACCGACAGGCCAUCGUGAUUGGCAAGCCUGGCGAAGAGUUCUUCCGUCUGGCACUGGAAGACAUGAAACUGCGACCAGAAGACGUCGUUAUGAUUGGCGACGACAUUGUCUGCGAUGUUGGUGGUGCCCAGAGUGCCGGGAUGCGCGGCGUACUUGUACGCACUGGGAAGUUCCGGCCUUCUGACGAGCGCCACCCCAGCGUAAAACCAGAUGCCAUCGUUCAGAACCUGAUGGACGCCGUCCGGCGGAUUGUCUCGACAGAUCGGCCAUACAAGCCAAUUCUUCCGCAGUGACUCUCUGAACAUGCACUGGCUGCAUGACGUCUCCGCGAUACCAUGCCUAACUGUGCAAUGAUUAUUAAAGGCGCGAGCAUAUCAACACGCACAA